CUGGUCUUUGUUUUGUUCUUGUGGUAGCAGAAACUACUCAAUAUAGAGCAAUCAUCACUGAGGAUGACAGCCUUAGCAGUCACAGCCCCCAUGAGCUAGAAAUCUGUGGUUCAAAGAACUGCUGCUCCUGCUUUGGACCAACAGGAAGGAAAGAGUAUGAAGUCAUUUUCUCAAACCAAAAAGCAAGAGUGACUUCCUUAUCUCUAGACAUGCUACCCUGGACUCUACUCCUAAGGCACACCAAAAGGGCUCUGAAACAGUAAGUCAGCAGUAUGCUUAUGUUCUUCAACAGCAAAGAUUCUCACAGAAGUGAUUGUGGUGAACGACCAUCCUAAGGAGUCUUCCUGAAGCCUAAGACUCUAACAACGGCACUUCCUGGCUUUAGCUCCUGAAUUUGUGCUGUAGGAUGAUUCUUGAAAAAUCCUGAUGAAAAGAAGACUAAGGAGAAACACAAAAAUCUGUCUUCAGUUGAGGAAACUGAGGCAAACAGAAGUUAAGUAUUUUGACAGAAUCACACAGAUGGUUUUGAACCAGGUUAUAGACUCUUUAGAGUUGGAAGAUCACUUAGAGGUCAUCUAGCCCAACUUUUCUCUCUAUGCAGAUCUACCGUCCAUAUCAUCCCUAACAGGGUUAAUCUUUGCCAGCCAUAAGUAAAUCAAUAAAAUAUUGCAAGUAAAACAAGCUAUUUAUAGUGUGUGUGUGUGUGUGUGUGUGUGUGUGUGUGUGUGUGCGUGUGUUUAACGAAAAUACCCCUUAACUUGCAGAUUGCCUUUUGCCUGCCAAAAUAUCUACCUGGGACCACACCUUGCCUUUGGAACCAACUCUCCAAUGUGGAGAUGUUUUUGUCUUUGAAGGAUGACCAGUGAAAACACCAGAGGGCAAAGCGGUUUAGGAAAUAAAGAUUUAAGCACAGAAAAACAAACUCUUGAUGUUUUCCCCUCCCAAAGUGCAUGACACAUUGGGGGAAAAAAAAGAACAAAAAACAAAGAACGAAACCACAAUCACCAAUGAAAUAAGAGAGGUUAGCUCUUUCAAAAACUCUUAGUCACUAUUCUUCACAGGCAUUGAAGCCAAAACAACAGGGGGAAUUGUUUGGUGGAAUGAGGUACCUAACCAAGUUUGGGAUCUGGUAAAUAAAGAACGAGAAGAUGACCCAAGAAGUUAAUCUGAAUUCCCUCAAGGAGCCGGAACGUGAGAUGGUGCUUCAGGUCUUGUACCGAGAUCAGAUGGUACAAAAGGUCGAGGAGGAAAGGAUAAGGAAACUGAAAUUGCACCUGCAGGAUCUUCGAUGGGGACCAGCAAAGAACAUAAAUCAGGAAAACAAAGAGAAGUUCUGUGCACGGUGUCAGAAAUCUCUGGGUUUGGUGAUAAAUCGAGGAGGUGUGUGUCAGGGUUGCAGCCACCGAGUAUGUUCCGAGUGUCGAGUCUUUCUGAGGAAAACCUACAUGUGGAAAUGCACUGUCUGCUUUGCUGAUGGAGAUGCAAAAAUAAAAACUGGAGAGUGGUUUUUUGAGGAACGAGCCAAGAAAUUUCCAGCUGAAAGCAAACACGAAACAGCUGGUGCAAAGCUCUUGAAAUCUUAUCAGAACCUGAGCAAAAUUUCCGUGGUUCCUCCCACUCCACCUCCUGUCAGCGAGAGCCAUAAUGAAUCCAACACAGGGGAACUUGGUCAGCUUAAAGGAUUUAAUAAAUCGAUGGAAAAUUUGUUUCUCUCUCUUACCACACACAUAAAAAAAAUCUCCAAGUCCCAGAAUGACAUGACUUCUGACAAACAUCUCCUCACAACCAAUUACAGGGAGGGUAUGGACCAGAAGGAGAGGAGGAGCCAAUCUGACACUGCCAUCAACUUGACAACCAGGACUGCCUUCGUUCCAGAUGAUCUUAAACCCGUUAACCAAGAAAGUUAUGAAAGCUUUAUUAAUCCCAGUUUGCAGCAAGAAGAUAUUUUGCCUACUUCUACAAAUAGCAUCGUGUUCUCUGAUGGCAUCAAAAGUGGAAGUUUGGUGAGCAUUAGCAGCACUUGUACAGAAGUGGGCAGUUUUGACAAUGCUAAUGUCUCUGGAGAAAUACUAUUUGCCCUUCAGUAUGACUUUAAGGUUUCCACAUUAGAAAUCUGCAUCCAAGCCUGUAGGAACCUAGCCUUUGGAGAAGAAAAGAAGAAAAAAUGCAAUCCCUAUAUAAAGACCUAUCUGCUACCUGAUAGGGGCUCUCAGGCCAAGAGGAAGACAAGUAUCAAAAAGAACACUGUGAAUCCUCUCUUUCAUGAGACUCUGAAGUACCCCGUGGAGUAUUCCCAGCUGCAGACCCGGCUACUCCAGAUCUCCGUGUGGCACUUAGGAACGCUCACCAGGAAAGUGUUUCUGGGAGAAGUUUUGAUUCCUCUGGCUUCUUGGAACUUUGAAGAUAGUGCAUCCCAUUCAUUCCACUGGUAUCAGCUCAAAGCUAAGAAUCAAAGAACUGCAGAAUCUCAGAGUUGGAAGAGAUCUCAGAAGCCAUCUAGUGCAACUUUUACCUAAAGAAGAUCCUCUCAAAAUACAAACUCUGCAAGUGUUUGUCCAGCCUUACUUCAAGUGCUCCAGGGAUGGGGGGAGCCAUUCCACCAAGAUCUCCCCCUUUACCCCCAAUUUCUACCUUGACAUUGUGCUGUUGGCUGGGAAUUUUUUCCCUAACAUCAAGCCUAAAUCAGGCUUUCUGCACCUUGUGUCCAAUGUCUAUAAUUCUGCUCUCUGAGGUCAAGUAGAACAAGUAAUAGCCUUCUGAUCCUCAAAGCUAGCUACCAUGUCUUCCCUGCCCUCUCUGGUUAAACAUUCCUGGAUCCUCCAAAUGACCUUUAUAUGUAUGGUCUUACUGCCUUUCAUCAUCCUGGUUAUUCUCUUCUGGAUGCACCUGUUAAUGUCCUUAAAAUGUAUGGCCCCCCUAUGAACACAGUGUUCCCAGUAGGGGCUGAACAGAACAGAGUCCAUAUGAUCACAUUUGCUUUUUUUGGCUGCAGUAUCAUCCUGUUGAUGUAUAUUGACCUUGCAGCCUAUCAAGUCCUACCUCCCCCCAAGUCUUUUUCUGAUAAACUACUAUCUUCCUUCCACCUUAUCCUUGUAAAUGAUAUAUUUUUUAAAAUCCAUGGUACACAUUAUAUUAUUUUUUCUUGUUAAGUUUCAUAUCUUAAUACGAUCCACAUUUUUGUUCUCAACACUGACUCAAUCGGGGGGCAUCUCAGAUUUCUUUCCACCCUCCCAGGGGUAAUUUCUAGCACCAUGUCAUCUCGAUAGUUAGCAUCUAAAGAAUGUCCUGAUGCUUCUAAAUACUUCCACCACCACAAAAGUGCCAGCAAUUUUCUCCUAGCCCAACCCCUGAUGUACAGCUGUUCUGCCUCCCAACAUGAAUGAUGAGCCUGGAGAGAAGUUUUGGGGAGAGUCUUCAUGAGUAAUCAGAUUCAUGGGUAAUCCCACAUUCUUGCUUUUGCCAUCAAUCCCUUUCAUUCACCAACAAUUCCAUCAGCACUGGAAAAAUGUUAACACUGUUGUUUUGAUCUAAUCUUUCUCUUUGACCUUUUGUUCCUUCUACCAGAGCGGCUACAUAGCUAUAGCAUGGCAGAUAUUAGGUAGGUAGAGGAGAAACUGGAGAACUGAAUAAUCUAUAAGCUCUAUUUGUGUUUUGAGUAAUCAAGAUUUGACUUUUCUUUUGAUGAGGGAGGGGAAGGAGUACUACCCUUCUUCUAAACAAAGAUAUUGGUAGCAAGGUAAAUCAAACUGGCAUUUUUUUCUCCCCACCCAGAAUUUUAUGAUCCUGGGCCGGUAGUCAGGUGGCAAUUUCCAAGGCUGAUUAAAACAUUGGCAAACAUGAUCCAGUAGCACUGGGAAAGGACAGUCAUCUUCAAGCAACCAAGCAUGUCAGCCAUAGUCAUGAAUUUCUUUCAAGCAAUAAAUACCUAAUAAAAGUCCUUUAAUCAAUAUUUCUCAAGGACCUGUGAACUAUUAGAGGAACUCCAAAGGUACAUCACAUACUAAUUAUGUAUGUAUUUUAAUGUGCCAAAUCUCUCUUAUUGCCCUAUCAAGCAAUAAGCUUAGAGAGCCUUAUUCUCAAACUGAUCAAAAAGUACUAAUUUUAUUAUAAAGAAAACAACUUUGAAAGACAUGAGAACUCUGAUGCAACAGCUAAAAGUCUAGAAGACAAAUGAUGCAAAUCAUCCACCACUUGACAGAGAGAUGAAAGACUCAAGAUGGCAAAUAGACAUAUUUUUGGACCCAGCCAACUUAAGAAUUUGUUUGCUUGAUUAUAUAUUUAUUACAAAUGACUUCUUUCUUUUUUUCCAGGCAUGGGGAGUGAAAAAAAAGAAAAAGAAAAGAAAGAAAAGGAAAUAAAAAAAAUAAAAAGAUAGAAAGAAGGAAAGAAAAGAGGGACAAAAAAAAGGAAGGAAGGAAGGAAGAAAAGAGGGCCAAUGAGAUAUCUUUGAAAAAAAAUGUAAAGAAGAGAAUGGAGGCCCGAACAGUACAGUUUUGCAGAACAGCUUUGAAAACCAGUCUUUACUUUUUAUAUACUUAAAGAAAAACAAGCUCUAUACAAUAGAACUCUUCAGUUUCAUGUAUAAUCCUCUUUUUCUGUUCUAUGAUGUAUUUAGAAACGCCCAUUUUAUUUGGUGUUAAGUUCAAAAUAAAAGUCUACCAUUUCAUCUAUGAAGUCUUUUUUGAAUACCAGCCCCAAAAUUGUUUCUUCCUCAACUGACUAUUCUAAAUGCCUCUUCCACAUUCAUCAUAUUCUAAUUUAUAAUGUGCAUAUCAUAGUUUCUCUACUAGUUUAUAAGCUUAAGCCUUGAGAGGAGAUAUCUUAUUUAUUUCUAUAUCCUUUUCCUUUUCCUGGCUAUUUAUUAUUUAAUAAUAAUAUUAAUAAUGAUAAAUCUGCUAUUUACUACUUCUGGUAAUUUAGUCAUCACUUUGCCCCUUCACCCUUCAGUUUUCUUGUUGCCAAAAAGAGUUGAUGAUAGCUAGUAAUGAUGAUUAUAUCUUUUCAGUACUAAAUAUGCAAGGUACUAAAGUGGACCUGGGGUUCCAAAAUGACAAAUAAUAAAA